AUGGAUAUAGUCGAUUUGUUGGACCUCCUCUACUAUUUGAAGUGAAUUUUUUUAUCUUUUCAGCUCCUUAUUCUAGCAAUAACUUUUAUUCUUGUAAAUCUUGAUUCAGUGCGAAGCGAAUUCGGAACUAAAAAAAUUUUACUUGUCACUGCACAUCCAGAUGAUGAAAGCAUGUUUUUCAUUCCUUUUAUUGUGAAUUUUCGAAGGACAAAUGAUAUUUAUUUACUUUGCUUGUCAAAUGGAGAUGCUGAUGAUCUUGGAUCGACAAGGGAGGUUGAGCUAGCCAAGGCAUGCACUUUUUUGGGAGUCAAGGGACACACAAUUAUUGAUAAUGAAAGCUUAAAAGAUGGAAUGAAUAAUAGAUGAAACACACAACUAAUUGAACAAAUUGUACUAAAAGAAAUCAGGGAGAGAGAUGCAAACAUAAUAGUGAGUUUUGAUAUAAAAGGGAUAUCGAGCCAUCCUAAUCAUUGCGCAAUAAGUCAGGCUAUGCAAAAAAUCGCCAAUAAAGAAGAAAGCAUUGAUAAAGAAUUGAAAUUUUUUGAAUUAGAAACUACUGGAAUCAUUAGAAAAUACAUAGGUGUUCUUGAUGCUAUUCUCUCUUUCAGAAAUGAUUAUGUAUUUUUAAACGUCAAUCUGUUUACUACUUGGAAAGCUAUGGCAACUCAUCACUCGCAGUUCGUGUGGUUUAGAAAGCUCUUUGUUUUAUUCUCAAGAUACGGAUACAUAAAUACUUUGGCCAAGAUUAAUUAA